CGACGACAACCCCACGACUAACACCACAGGUAACGCGCCAACACCGCCAACAUGCGUACCUACGACGACUCCUUCAGCGGCCAGAAGAUCUACCCGGGCAAGGGCAAGCUCUACAUCCGUGGUGACAGCAAGAUCUUCCGGUUCCAGAACGGCAAGACCGAGUCCCUUUUCCUCCAGCGCAAGAACCCCCGCAAGAUCUCCUGGACGACGCUGUACCGAAGGCAGCACAAGAAGGGUAUCUCCGAGGAAAUCGCCAAGAAGCGCACCCGCCGCACAGUCAAGCACCAGCGUGCCAUCGUCGGUGCGUCCCUCGACGUGAUCAAGGAGCGCCGUUCCCAACGCCCCGAGGCCCGCGCCGCUGCCCGCACCACCGCCAUCAAGGAGGGCAAGGAGAAGAAGGCCGACGCCGAGUCGAAGAAGAAGGCUGAAAAGGCCAAGACUGGCGCCGCCGCCGCACGAGGCCAGGCCUCCAAGAUCCAGAGCAAGCAGGGCUCCAAGGGUGCAGCGCCAAAGGUCCAGGCAAGGACCCGUUAAGUGACAUGGCGUCUCGUUGUGCAUGAAUAGGGUUCGGGGCGAUUUUCGAGGCGACUCGGUGUUCCUUUACUCUCUCUGACUCGUCUUCCGAUUGCUGCAGGGAAAAUGCAAUGGGUUGGGAUGGGAUGAUGGCGAACAUCUUUCUGGUCCGGUGUGCCGGAUGCUCAAGAGCUUAGGGUCUGGCGCUGCCAUAGUGCAAAUGCAAUACCAUGUCCUCACG